AUACCGUGUAUAUAAGUUAACAAUUCAACAUCGCGGAGAAAGAAGAUAUGGAACUCGGCGGUCAACUGAGACUUGGAAAAUGUUUGCCUUUACUGGUUUGCCUUUUUGGUUAUCUUCAUACUUUGCAGGGUCUCAAUCGAGGUUCCUCAGAAGACGCGUUGUUGAUGAUGAUGGUAAAAGAAACUUUUUCUUACUUAAAGAUCGACAGCAUCAGUUCAUUGCAAGUUGAAGACGGCGAGGAAUGUGGGUUUGCCUGUGCAAACAACCCAAAGUGCUUUUCAUACAACUUGGAGGCAAGUAUCUCCGUGAAAGGUACACGCCUGUGUGAGUUACUUCCAUCAGACAAGUACAACAAAUCGGAUAAAUUUAUCAAAAAAGACGGAUGUCGAUUUCAUCAUUACAGUAUUUGGUCCCCAUGCAUCAGUGGACCUUGCCAAAACGGUGGGACAUGUCUGCCUCAGUACGAUACUAAAAGUUAUGUAUGUGUCUGCACCCUCGGAUUUACGGGGAAAGAUUGCCAAACAAAUAUUGAUGACUGCAGGAAUGAUCCAUGUCUGAAUAAAGGAACUUGCAUUGAUCAAGUCAAUGGUUUCCACUGCCGCUGUCUAUUUGGAUUUGCUGGUCCUCGCUGUGAAAAUGUAUCAUGUAUUUCAUUAUUGGCGGGCAGCGCAAACUUCCUCGGCAACCUAUCAUAUUUUCUGGAGCCUGCUGUGGGAAACAAUUCACGAUGGCUGCUAUGCUACCGUGCCUCCACGCACGGCUGGGCUGUGGCAAGCUUCCACAGCAGAUGCGACCAUUUAAAUCACACCGUGACCAUCAUCAAAAAUGACCAGUACGUGUUUGGAGGAUACACUGAUAUACCUUGGGACUCUACAACUGGUCCUGCCACCACUUCCAAUGCGUUUAUAUUUUCUCUACGGAACAAAGAGGAGCUUCAUCCAUUUAAGAGCAUGGUGCUGGUUUCGGCAUAUGCCAUUUACAGAGAUUCUAAUCGCGGUCCAACAUUCGGAAAUGGCUGGGACAUUUAUAUAUCGAAUAAUGCCAACAGCAACAACAAUUCAUAUGCUGAUUUUGCCUCUGAUGGCUACUACGAGACACCAAAAGGAGUACAAGAUCUAACCACAAUCUUGGCAGGUUCUCUUUACUUCUCACCUGAUGACUGGGAGGUGUCUGCAGUAGUGAUUUCCUUGUUUCAUGGACCUUUCACUUUGCCAACAGCUGCCAAAGCUCAUGGUAUUGACUACCCAGGAAGUAUCACUCUGUUCGAGAGACUUGCAGCCAGUCGAAUCAUUUUUGUUGUUGAUGAAGACGACAAAGAAAGGAAGUAUGACAUUGAUGCACUCCUAACGUAG